AUGGAGACGGGCCACGUGGUCACCCAUGAUCCACCGGCGAGCCCACCACCACCUCCGGCAGUUGUUGUUGUAGCUGAGACCGCGGCAGACCAGCGAGAAUUCAAGAAGAGGAAGAUGUCAUCGGUCACCGUACCGUUGUCGUCUGAUGAUCCUGAUUGGAUUCUCGUCUGCGACAAGCUGCCGCACAAGUACACGGGGGCGGUUAUCGGUGAUUUCACCGAUACCAAAUACCUGAAGGGACCUUGGGACGACAAGUACUGGCGCCAACUUCCAACCGGACAAGGGAAGUACCAGCUGCAAGGUGCCCUAAAUUCCGAUAAACUCUACGUGACAGCCCAGCAGGAAGGACUGUACAGGCAGGGGCUCCUGAUGCCAGGGAUGUCAAAUGGGACCAUUCAUCGCAUCUUAAAGAUUGUCCUACGAGACAUCUACCCAGGAGCCAUCGACCGCAACAUCAAGAGAGGUGUCUGGUUGUUACUGGGUGCGUACAUCGGAAAUGGCUGGAUCAGCGCCAUGGUGUCCUUGAUCGUCGGUUCGGGAUUGCUGUUUGCUCCUCGCUCGUUUCGGAAUGUCCUAGCGCCCCCUGUCGUCAUCGUUCUGGACAUAUUUCCAGAAACUCAUUUCAUCAUACCAACAAGAUUAAAAAAGAAGUUUAGAUUUUCUGAUUUCCAAUCUUGUUAUCGGCCCUCUCGUUUUGUUAUACUGAAGAGGAACGUUGGAACUUAUGGGCUUGUAUCUGUUACCGGAAUCGUUCAAACUAAGUUCUUGGAUCUCUCUUAUAUUUGGAGUUACCAUGGUAACAGUUGCCAACCUUAUCCAGUUUGUGUUCUCUCGCGCUUCAGUCAGAUCUUCCCGUGUUCGAUUUGGUGUUUUCUCUCGACCGUACACCUAUAUUGUAGGUUUGGUGAUCGCAAAUCAUUGGAGAGGUGUCUGGUUCUUACUGGAUGCGUACACCGGAAAUGGCUGGAUCAGCGCCAUGGUGUCCUUGAUCGUCGGGUCAGGAUUGCUCUUUGCUCUUCGCUCGUUUCGGAAUGUCCUAGCGCCCCCUGUCGUCGUCGUUCUGGACAUAUUUCCAGAAACUCAUUUCAUCAUACAACAAUAUUCAAAAAGAAGAAAAGUAAUGUUCUGUUCACCCUGGACGUUCUGUUCAGCGUCGUCAUUAUUGGAUCUCUCGUCAUCGUCACCUGGCGAGGACUGUGGGAACUUCUCGACCUCUACCUGUUUCCAGACGACUCCCUCAAGAGUGGCUACUGCGCAUUCAUCUUUUCCUACACCCUCGUGCUCCUCAUCCAGAUCGCAGAGAAACCUCUACAAACCAUCUCCAAGAAGCUGUAACACUCUACAAUGAUUGGGAAGGUGAUAUUUGAUGACGUCAUAUAUCUUGCGCAGGCCGUCGUGACCAUAUGUCACAAGAGAGGGCUUUGGUUGAUCCUCAACGUGGUUUUCUUCCCAUCAGAUCAAAAGCUUGGUCUUUGGCUGAAUCACGCGAUAGGAGCUGGAGGGCUUCUACUCACCUGCACGCUUAAUUCAGCGCUGUCAAAAGACAUCUUGAUAGAUGGUGCUCAGAUGAAUGGGGCGGGAGUUACGAUGUCCAUUUCGUACGCAGUUGUUAUCGUCAAGUGGUUCAGGGAUAGGAAUUCGAAAGAAAUGCUACCAUACAGUGGAAGGUUAGAGAUGGAGACGAAACUAAAUACGAUACAACCAGCACCUGGUAUGACUGUCCAUUCUAUCCAGUCGACCGUGGAACGUGUGCAGGUCACUACCAUAUCAACUCAAAGAAACUGAUUUUUAGAAUUUAUUUAAUAACUGAACAUUAUAUUUUUGACGUUCAUGCGUUGACAAACACCAAAACCGUUUUACACACUGUGUGGAUGGCGUCAAAAAUAUAACGUUCAAUUGUUAUAAUUCAAAA